AUGUCUGACAAAGAAAAAGAGCUUUGCCCACGACUGAUAGAUUACCUUGUCGUGGUAGGAAAACGCAACAGAAUAAGAAAUACGAGCAAGGGUAGUGGUACUGAUGGUCCUAUUCAUACAUCAAUUACCUAUCCGGAGAUACUGAGGAGAUACCCGACAGAUGACCACAAGGAUUUCUUUCUGCCAACUGAUGUGACCGUUUUCUGUCAACCAGAAGGAUGUGUGACGUUAAAUUCGCACUCGAGAAGAGGUCAGUCACGCGAUCCACAAUUUUUUGUCUUCAUGCUAACGGAAAAGGAUUCGGCAAAAAUUCGUUAUGGAGUAUGCCUGAAUUUUUAUCAAUGUUCGGAGAAGAGGCUACUCAAUACGGAACGCCAAAGUGGUGGAGUGGGACCUGGAAAGAAAGGGAAGGAUCAUGCUGUAUCGUUGACAAGUUUAUGCCUGAUCUCGCAUCAUCCAUUCGUUUCGAUUUUUCACGACCUUCUAAUUUUACUGAAGCAAAUAAUCGACAGUUGCAGUUACCGUGCUGCUCAAAAAAGUAACAUCAAAGAUGUUGUGUGGUCAGUUCUUACGGGACAUUGGCAAGAUACAAUUCCACCGGAAGCGAUGCGAGAAAUCAAGGAAAUUGAGACUUGGAUUCUUAUGCUGCUUAGCUCACCUGUUCCGGUGCCAGGGAAAACAAAAGUACAGUUGGAGGUGAUGCCAUCUGAUAUAUCUCCAAUCUUCGAAUUCGCUUUACCGGAUCAUACUCGUUUUUGUUUGGUGGAUUUCCCUCUUCACCUUCCAUUCGAGUUGCUAGGAGUCGAUACAGCCGUUCGCGUUCUAGCUGCCAUCAUGCUUGAAUUCAAGGUUGUGAUCCAAUCCCGGAAUUACAAUGCGGUCAGUAUGUGCGUACUAUCACUUGUACACCUUCUUUAUCCACUUGAGUACAUGUUCCCGGUAAUUCCCUUACUUCCAGCUUACAUGCCAUCAGCAGAACAACUUCUCCUCGCUCCAACACCUUUUGUCAUUGGUGUUCCUGCGUCAUUUUUCGCUCAUAAAAGGAUCAAGGAAGUGCCAAGUGACGUCAUUCUCGUAGAUUUAGACACAAAUCACAUCACUGUUCCAGAUGACCUUUUUAUACCAAAUCUUCCCGAACCUGAUGCAUCAACGUUGAAGAACAGCCUUCAUGGUGCCCUGAAUCGAAUGAGUAUGAGCUUACGUGAGGAGCGUCGUGGAAGUGUAGAAGCAUGUUAUGCCGUUGAUGCAGAUAUCGUUGACGUUUCCUGCAGAGUUUCCAUGGUCAAAUUCUUCAACUCUCCAAAUGUGUUCGGUGAUUUUUCGGAGCAUACAAGAACUCUUCGAUUGUAUCCACGGCCUGUUGUUGCUCUGCAAUCGGAGUCGUUUUUACGAAGUCGCCCUCAGUGCACACAAUUUAUUACCGAACUAUGCAGGACACAGGCAGUUGAGUAUUUUGCGGAAUGUUGUUUAUGCCCAAAGAACGAGACGUUUGUUCGUGUUCAAGCUGGCAUUGACAGUCCGGCACAAAUUGGAGACAAGGCGAAAUGGUUCAGCGAAUCGUUAAUGCCUGUACAUUUCACUGUUUACCCGAACGAAUCUUCUCUAUGUUCUGCCUAUUACGCUUAUACGAGAGAAAGUAGCGGUCUUGAAUCGGACAGCGAUGAUAACGAAUCCAGAUCUAUUGAUAGUUCAUCCAGUAUUGACGAUUUGGUGUUUGAUGGUCCUGAUGAAGCUGUCGAACGUGAUAUCAUUAUUAAACCACUCGCUGAAGUGAAUGAUGUCUACAAAGAACCGCUUACUUUGGAACUUCCACCUAGUGACAGCGUUGCCUCUAUUGGAAGUUCUAUUAGUAGUGGCAGGUCAAGUCCAGCAUCUUCGCUUUCUGCUUCUGCUAUUGACAGUGAAGCGGACUUUGCAAGGCUUGCCGAAAAUCUUGCCUUGAAGUCUGAUUCAAAGGGUGCUUUUUCAUUUGAUCAUGGAGAUGACGAAGAUUUCGAGACAACACCAGUUUCACAACGUAAAAAGACAGUAACAAGUGAAUUAAGCACACCAACAUCCGUAAAAACACCACCACUAAAAGGAAUGCGAAUUAAGGGUUUAUCGUCGUUGACCGAUUCCGGUGAGAAGGUUCUGGGUCCGACAUUUAUGAGUGCAAUAAACGGGUAUGCCGAAAGGAGCCAAGAUAUUUUUAGUCAGGUGCUCAACAAAACUGCUCCCAAGGCUCAGGCUCUACGUGAACGGACAAUGAGACCACUUGCCGCAGCAGCUGCUACAAAAAUGGAACAAAGUCAACAUCUGGUUAAAAGUAAAACGGCUGGGAAUCAGACCAGCACUCAAGCAGCGUCGCAGCAAAGCAAAAAUCAACAAACCGUUCGCGAAAUUUGCGAUCAAGUUUUAUCCGGUCAAGGUGUUGGUGUUUUCACCUAUCCAAAGCUGAAACGGUUGAUGGAAGACGAAAGCUUACGCGACUUGGUUUGCUCGAAGCUUAAUCUUGGUCUGGAGCAUCGUCUCACGGAUGAAGAUUAUGUGAAGGAGAUUGCAUUGACAAGAGCUCAGUACAAAGGUUACGUACGAGUUUUGCAAGCAUGUAUUGCUGGGAUUGAGGUAUCGUUCAACACUCCUGGAUGUUGUGGAUUAGCCAGUGUGUUUCAUGUGCUUGAGAUAGCUCAUACACAUUACUGGUGUAAGGGAAGCGACAUAACUUCUCCAUGUAGUUCGACUCCUAGCACUUUGGUCACUCCGUCUGCCUCGUCGCCCGACCUCAAGGAAUUGGGAGAUCGUUCAAACAGGACUAAACUACCGUCCUCUUCUGUCGAUACUCGAACACCUACACGUCCAGUUGGAGCUCAAAAUGCCGUUAAUGGGUCGUCGUCGCGAACGGCUGGUUCGGAAACGUCUUCGGAACUGUCUACACCGGUCCCUAUGGUCCCACCUCCGUUGCCGCCUCGUGAACUUCCGCCACGGCCACCACUACCACCACAUCCCACAACACUUCAGAAUGGGCCUCCAUCUACUCCACCUCCACCACUACUUCCCUCGAGCUCGACAACAGGACCACCCAAAUUCCCUCCACCUGAGCGCAGACCUCCACCUGUGCCACCGAGACCGGUUUCAGCAUCAUCGGCGGAGUCCAGUGAGAACGUAUCUCGAGUGGAGAACGCUGCAUCACUUAGAGUGCCACCUAACAGUUUACCUGUUGGCAAAGCAGAACCACUGAAAGUUCCAACGACACCUCUGGAGCCGAUACGACAUUACAUUUACCAGGAUCUUAUAUUGCCGGCACAAAAUCCGCUCUGGCAAAAAGUUGUUUUCUGGGAAAAUGCCUUCGUCGAUGUGGUAGCACAGGAAAGAGAUAUUGUCGGGAUGGAUCAAGAACCUUCGGAAAUGAUUGACAGAUAUGCCGCAUUGAGCGAUUCCGAAAAGAAAAGGCUGGAAUUGGAAGAAGAUCGACUACUUUCCACUCUGCUGCACAAUUUAACCGCGUACAUGAUUAUGUGCGGUACAGGGCAGAAAGCAAUUCAACAGAAAAUUCGUCGACUCCUCGGAAAGGCUCAUAUUGGCCUUGUUUGUUCAAAGGAAAUCAAUAAGCUUCUGGAUGAACUGCCACAAACUCAGGGGAAUUCCAUUCCUUUGAAACCGCUUGGAAGUCGAUUGGUGCAAAAGCAUUCGUUUACCGUUCAUGCAGGGUCAAGCUCGCAAGAUGAUAUGAUGUUUAUGGAAGUAAGCGAUGAUGCUGUCGUGUUACGAGCGGUGACUGGUGCAGUUGCGGAACGAUGGUGGUAUGAACGACUCGUUAACAUGACUUAUUCUCCGAAAACAAAGGUUCUCUGUUUGUGGCGACGUCAUGAAGACAAAGUUCACAUGCAUAAAUUCUACACGAAAAAGUGUCGAGAGCUCUAUCAAUGCGUGAAGAACGCUAUGGAACGUGCAGCCGCCCGUGGACGUGUCUCAGUAGAGGGUCGAGCUCUCGGAGGCGAAUUUCCGGUGCAUGAUACGGAAACCAAUCAAGGCGGACUUCUUCAAGUUCGUUGCGAUGGUGUCGCUAUUAUUUUUGCUAACAGCCAACAAUUCAUUGAUCUCGCAAAUAUUAAAAAGUGCAAUACGUUUGGGGGCAAUGUUUUCCUGCUUGAAGAGUUUGAUCGAAAGAGAAACGAACUCAUACAACGGCGGUAUUACUCCCAAAUGGCACCUUCGAUUGCAUGGGCGUUGCACCGCGUGUUUAGUGUACAGUUUGCUGCCGGUGGUGCUCCUCCAGAAAAAGUUCGCCCUGUUGUCGAUAGCUAG